UUUAGUUUCAUUUUGUGGAUGUCAGCAGUCAAACGUUCUUUUAUUUUGCCGUAAACAUGAAAUCGAGAACUCCGAGAUGAUUAACCUCCUGAUUCUGUUCUUUAACCUGCGUUAUGACUCUCAGAUACCGACUACAGCAAGAUCCUGUCAAAUAAAUACAUGUAUCAUGUAAUGGAUGGAAGGAGGGAUGUUUCCAACCUUGAGUGAAAAUGAUGUCGAGCUGCUGUUCCUUCACCUGGUGAUCAUUUGCUUAGUUUGGAUCUGGAAAAAGAGAUCAGGGACCUGCACCAGAAGCUCUCGACAUGUUUGUGACCCAGCUCCAGCCCAGUCUCCUGCUGCUCCCCCUGCUGGAAUCCGUGUUGUGGUAAACGCUGAAAAUGGGAGUAACGUUUACGUUCCUGCGCUCUUAAACAACACCUUCUCCGAUCAUGUUCUCCUCAACAGCACAGCCAGCACUGCUUCCACUCAAGCUUUGCGACCCGAAUGGGAAAUGAAAAAUUUGGGAAAAAACAUGUCUGCAGAUGAUCUACAGAGAUUUCUGGUGAAUCACAAAGCUGGCAUGAAGAAGAAAAUCGAGUGCAUUUUUGAAGGCAAAAAGAAUGCGGAUACUAAAAGACUUCUGAAGAAGGUCUACACGCAGCUGUAUAUCACCGAAGGAGAAUUCAAAGAAGUCAACAAAGAACACGAGAUUCUGAAAAUGGACAAAGCUUUUAGUGUUCAAAAAUCUCAGGAAAAACAAAUCAACUGCAAUGAGAUUUUUAAUGAAGAUAAUCGAGUAGUGCUCACCAAAGGAAUUGCAGGAAUCGGAAAAACUGUAUCUGUGCAGAAGUUUAUACUCGAUUGGGCUGAAGGAAAUGCUAACAAGAACAUAGACUGCAUUUUCCUCCUUCCUUUCCGAGAGAUUAAUUUAAUUAAAGAUGAAAAAUGUCUUCAUGAAUUACUGCAGGAUUUCUACCCUGAAGUGAAAAAACUCAGUGAUACAGAUUUAUACAAACGUCUCCAGCUUGUUUGUUUUGAUGGACUUGAUGAAAGUCGUCUUCCACUGGAGUUCAGCACCAGUAUGGUGACCAGUGAAACAGAAAAAGCUCCUGUGAAUGCUCUCAUCACAAACCUGAUUGAAGGAAAGCUGCUUCCUUCUGCUCUGAUCUGGAUCACCUCACGACCAGCAGCAGCCAAUCAGAUCCCUUCAGAGUAUGUGAGCUUGUUUACAGAAGUGCGAGGAUUCACCGAUAAGCAAAAGGAGGCGUAUUUUAAAAAGAGAAUAACUAAUGAGAAUGAAGCCAAUGAGAUCAUCUCACAGAUUAAGAAAUCUCGGAGCCUCUACAUCAUGUGUCACAUCCCCAUCUUCUGCUGGAUCACUGCUACGGUGCUUCAAGCAAUGCUGGUUCAAAAGAAUGGUGAAGAAAUUCCUGCUACACUGACUGAAAUGUACAUCCACUUCCUGCUUAUACAGAUGAACACCAAAAACCAAAAGUAUGAUGACAAGGUGGAACGAGAUGUGAAGAAACUGCUGGAGAUGAACAAAGGAAUGAUCCUGAAACUGGCCAAGCUGGCGUUUAAACAGCUGAUAAAUGGGAACAUCAUGUUCUAUGAAGAAGACCUGAUAGAGUGUGGUAUUGAGGUCCAUGUUGAUUCAGAGUGCUCAGGGAUGUGUGCUGAGAUCUUCAAGAAAGAAUCGGUGCUUUAUGAGAGGAAGAUUUACUGCUUCAUUCAUUUAAGCAUUCAGGAGUUUCUUGCUGCACUCCAUGUUUUCAAUUCCUACCUGAACAAAAACAUGAAUGAGUUAAAGUUUUUCUUUAGUGAAGACCCUCCUAAAGACACCCAGCUGGAUGUUCUCCUGAAGAAGGUAGUUGAUAAAGCCAAGGAGACUGAGAAUGGUCAUUUAGAUCUCUUUCUUCGAUUCUUGUUGGGAAUUUCACUUGAGAGCAAUCAGAAACUUCUGCAAGGAAUUCUUACAGAUACACAGUUCAACAAGAAGAGCAUUAACAAAGUAAUCCAGUACAUCAGGCAAAUGCAGAACAAUUAUGUUGAUUUGCCCCCUGAGACAUCCAUCAAUCACUUCUUCUGUCUGAUGGAACUGAAAGACGAAUCCCUGUACAAGCAAAUCAAGAAAUAUCUGUGUACAGACAGUUUACCAGACAGAGCAUUAUCCUCCUCAAACUGCUCUACUCUGGCCUACCUGAUGUUGAUGUCUGGGGAUGUUUUUGAGGAGCUCCACCCCAAACAAUUCAACCCAUCCAAUUCAGCCUACAGAAGACUCAUCCCAGCUGUUAGAUGCUUCAGGAAAGCUUGGCUUGCUGGUUGUGAGCUCACUGAAGAGUGCUGGGAGGCCGUGGCUUCAGCUCUUGAGGUGGAAAACUCUGCUCUGAGAGCACUGGACCUGAGUGAUAAUUACAGAUUUGAGAAGGGAGCAAAGUUGCUUUCUGAUGGACUGAAGAGUCCACAUUGUAAACUGGAGAUACUAAGGUUGGCAAGAUGCCAUUUCUCCCAAAGCAGCUGUGCUGAACUAACUUCAGCCCUCCUCUCAAUUUCAUCGUCUCUGACUGAACUGGACCUGAGCAACAAUGACCUCCGGGACACAGCAGUAGAGCUGCUUUUUGCUAAACAGGAAAAUGUAUUUUAUAAACUACAAGUUCUGAGGCUGAGCUGGUGUAACCUCACAGAGAAGAGCUGCUCAUUCCUCUCCUCCAUUCUCUACACUUUAAGAGAGUUGGACCUGAGUAACAAUGAUCUGUGGGAUUCAGGAAUGAAGCACAUUUCUGAAGGACUCAGCAAUAAACAGUGCAAACUGCGGACACUGGGAUUGUCUGGUUGUUUAGUGACAAAAGAAGGCAUUUCUUUUCUGGCAUCGGCUCUGAGAUUAAACUCCUUAUCAGUCCUGAAAGAUCUUGAUCUGAGCUACAAUAAUCCAGAAGAUAGAGGAGAACAGCUGCUCUCUGACCUACGGAAUAAUCCAAACUGCAAACUGGAGACACUCAAGAUGGAACCAAAAAGUGGACAAUUUAUGAAAGCUGGGAUUAAAAAGUAUGCCCGUGAGCUCACGUUCAACCCAAACACGGCCCACAAAAAGCUCUGCCUGUCUGAAGCAAACAAGAAGGUCUCAUAUACAGUCCAAGCGCAGCAGUACCCAGAUCACCCGGACAGAUUUCAGCUGUAUUGCCAAGUUCUGUGUAAUGAGAGUCUGAGCCAUCGCUGUUACUGGGAAGUCUUUUUGGAAGGGUCAUCACCCAUAAUUGGCGUCACUUAUCCUGAUAUUGAGAGGAACAUGGAAGACCUGCCAGUGUGGAACGCUCGCAUUGGGCCAAACGAGGUCUCCUGGGCCCUUUGUAGUGUAAGCAAAAAAUACUACAACGUAAAGCAUGGUUCAAGUAGCAUAACCAUCGGCAUGCCCAAGUCCAACAGGAUAGGUGUAUAUCUGGACUGGGCUGCUGGAACACUGACUUUUUACAGCGUCUCACCGGAGACACACACACUUACACACAUUCACACAUUCUGUACAAAGUUUACAAAGCCAGUGCAUCCGGGGUUCAGCGUAGAAAAUGGCUCUGUGACUUUGUGCCAUUUGGAAUAAAAUAAAGAAAUUGAUCAAAUAAAGAAUUGAUCUGAUCUUUUAUUAAAUUGUGUGUUCUGUGGAUUUACUCCAUCAAUAUCAACUUGUUCAAACAAUUUUCCUGUACAGACUGUAGCCUUGGCUUGUGGCAUGAAAGGAUGUGAUAAGAAGAUAUGAUCUGCUGUUGUAGCUUAUUCACCAUAAGCUCCAGUGAGAUGUGUUUCUGCUCACAGUGGUUUUAAAGAGUCAUUAUUUGACCCACAGUUUCUCUCAUUAAUAACUUCUACAUAAACUUUAGAGACUGUCGUGUAGGAAAAUCCCAGUUUCCAAAAUUCACAUGAACCCAUCUAGCAACAACCCACAGCCCACCAAUGGCGUUCACUGAGGUCCCAUUUUUCCCAGUUGACCUCUAUCUUAUGCAUCGUGCUGCCGCCACAUGACUGGAAGAAUAAAUGUGUGUAUAUGUGUUCCUAAUAAACUGUACUGUGAGUGUAUACACAAUUAAAAUGAAAUGGUUUAAUAAACAAUGAACAAAAUAAGUCAGUGAAAAUCAUUUCAUCUCAGCUGGUGGGUUGCUUCCAAAAGGUGAUUGAUGGCCGAUUAUUUUUAGGUUGCUACAUUAAAAAAAAGCAAAACGAAAAUGUGUCAAUAAAU